AUGAUUGAAGGAAGAGUUUGUGAGCAGUCAGUUCUUCAACGAGGUGUAUGCCAACAUCGAAAGGGAUCGGAACAAUGGCAGAAACUAGUGACGCCGUCAACCAAACUGUACCCAUGGGACAAGGAGAGCACCUACAUCAAAAAAGCACCAUUUUUUGAUGACAAUGCAUCCAUUCCCGAAAAAUGCUCGAAGGCGAUGAUCGAAAUACUCAUGACCAUUGAUCUUCCGCACCAAUCGUCCAUAUCUGACGCUUUUGUGUUGUUGAACUUGGGUGAUUCGGUCACCACAGAUCACAUCUCGCCGGCUGGUUCCAUUUCCAAGGUCUGA